AUGGAUGUGGUCGGGUGUUAUGCCCCGCCCUCCUGGACCCGCGCCGAAUUCGGGGCACUCCUGGACCGGCUGGAGGCGCUUAUAAUGAGGCGCCUCCCUAGGCCGAUCAUCGUCUCUGGGGACUUCAACGCCCACAGCACGGGGACGUGCCCCUGUGGCGCGGACCUCCAGGAGUGGGUUGCGUCUGCCGGCCUCAGCUUGCAAAACAGGGGCCGGGAGAGCACCUUUGUCGGGUGGCAGGGGGAGUCCAUCGUCGAUCUGACGUGGACCUCCGCCGCGGCCGCCCGACAGGUUCAGGGAUGGAGGGUGGCGACUGAGGCGGAGACCGGCUCUGAUCAUCGGUAUAUAGAGCUCUGCCUCGUCGUCACCCGCCGGGAGGUGCUCUCAAGGCGCAGCAGCGGGCUGACCCGACUGUCAAGGUGGACGUUAACCUCGCUCAACCGCGACAAAUUCGUGGCCGUCAUUUGCGCGGCCAAUUGGGAUGAAGCGAGACCCGCCGCCUAUUGGUGGUCGGCGGAAAUCGCCGAGCUCAGGCGCUCCGCCGGCCGCAUCUGGAGGGCGAUGGCGGCCCUGCAGGACAGGGACACGCGGGUGGCGGCCUCGGCCGUCCUCACGGCGAAGAGAGGUGCCUCCAAGGCCUUGGCCUGGGAGGACCUCAUCUCCUCUGUAGACCGGGAUCCUUGGGGGCACCCAUACCGGAUGGUCAUGCGGCGAUUGCGCCCAUGGGCGCCCCCACUCAUGGAUAUCCUGGCCUCCGAGCUCCUAGACAAAAUUGUGGAGGGGUUGUUCCCGAGGAUGGGAAACAAUAUCUCACCCUAUACGGGACCCUCUUUUGACUGGCAGGAGGACUCGGGAUGA